UUAAUGGAGUCCAUAGUUAUGUACCCAUCACCAGCCAUUGGCCACAUGAUCUCCAUGGUUGAGUUAGCCAAGCUCAUCCUCAAACAUAAGCCUUCAGUCUUCAUUCACAUCAUCAUCUUCGAUUUACCCUACAACGAUGGCUCUACAGCCACUUACAUUGACAAAGUUUCAGCUACCAUUUCUUCCAUUAUCUUCCACCAUCUUCCCACGGUUACCCUUCCUCCAUCAAUCACCUCCUCCACUCGCCACCAUGAGGAACUCACCUUCGAAGUUCUGCGGGUCAAUAACCCUAAUCUUCACCAAGCCCUCCUGUCUAUCUCCAGAAGCUACACCGUUUCAGCUUUUAUUUUAGACUGCUUCUGCACUACUGCUCUCUCUGUCACUGCUAAGCUCAACAUACCUUCUUUCGGAUUCUUCACUUCUGGUGCUGGUGCUUUGGCUGUGCUUCUGUAUCUUCCCACAAUACACAAAACCAUCACCAAAAACCUUAAAGAUAUCGAUACUAUUAUUCACAUCCCUGGUGUGCCGCCGAUUCCUUCCAAGGGAAUGCCAAAACCAGUGCUUGAACGUGAAAACAAGGCCUAUCAGUUCUUUAUGGACACCUCGAUGAAGUUGUCAAAGUCAGCAGGAAUUAUAGUAAACACUUUUGAAAAGCUAGAAUCAAGAAGUAUCAAAGCAAUGAAUGAUGGACUAUGCGUGCUGGAUGGCUCCAGCCCACCGAUUUACUCCAUCGGACCAUUAACCACAGCUGAUGAUCCAAGCGGCAGCAAUGGUGUAGAUGACAAUCAUGAUAGGCCCGACUGUUUGAAAUGGCUCGACUCACAGCCUCCCCAAAGCGUAGUUUUUCUAUGUUUUGGUAGCCUGGGAGUAUUCUCCGAGGAACAGUUGAAGGAAAUUGCUAUUGGGUUGGAGAAAAGUGGGCAAAGGUUCAUCUGGGUGGUGAGGAAUCCACCUUCUAAGAACAAAAUGAUGGCCAUUCCGGAGCAAUUAGACCCAGAUUUAGAUUUGAUUCUUCCAGAAGGUUUCUUGGAUCGCACGAAGGAGAGAGGAUUAGUUCUCAAGUCUUGGGCUCCACAAGUGAAGAUUUUGAAUCACGAUUCGGUGGGUGGGUUUGUGACACACUGCGGGUGGAACUCGGUGCUUGAAGCAGUGCUUGCUGGUGUACCAAUGGUGGCAUGGCCUCUGUAUGCUGAGCAAAAACUGAAUAGCAUAUUCAUGGUGGAGGAAAUGAAAAUCGCUUUACCAGUGAAGGAGUCUGAGAACGGGCUUGUAAGUUCAACUGAGGUGGAGAAGCGAAUUAGAGAGUUGAUGGAGUCGGAGGAAGGAAAGUGUUUGAGGAAACAAACCAUGGCAAUGAAAAACGAAGGAAAAGCUGCACUGAACGAGGGCGGGUCCUCUUUUCUUGCCUUGUCCAAUUUGUUCAAGUCAUGCAAUUUACAAAGAGAGUUCUAA